AUGAAUAAUAUAAAUUUUAGUAAUACGAGCAAUACAAACGGACAUACUUAUAUUUAUAAAGAAAAUUAUGGAAAUAACAAAAUAGGCAUAAAUGAAGGGUUAAUGAAUUAUUCAAAAGAUUCUGAUGAAAUAUAUCAUAAUAAUAAUAAUAAUAAUAAUAAUAAUAAUAUGGGUGAAAUGAACAAGAGGAAAGAAGAAAAUAUUAAAAGUAUAACUCAUUUUGCCAGAUAUUUAUUUUUUAUAGCAAAAAAAAUUGCCUAUUCAAAAGAUAGUCCCAAUAAUAAUUUAUGUGCUGAUGAAGAAAUUCAGAAAUCUUUAGUUAAGCAUUUAAUAUAUAAAUUAAAUAAAAUAUUAUCUUCACUUUUAAAUUUUAAUGUCUUACAAUAUAAUGAAAAUGAGAAAAAUAUAAAACAAGAAAUUGAAUAUGUAUGUUUAAAGAAUAGUAAUAUAACAUUAAAUAAAAUAAGAUACAUGUUAAAAAAACUAGACAACAGUAAUAUAAUAAAUUAUAAAUAUAUUUUAUAUAUAUUAUUAAAGUUAAAAGAAUAUGAUGAUAAAAAUCCACCUAAGGUACCAGAUAUGGAUAAUAAAAAUAUAAAUAAUUUAAGCAUUCAUCAUAAUAAUAAUUUUGUACUAAAUAAACAUAUUAAUGAUAAUAAUAAAAAUAUUCAUAAUAUGAAUCACAAUGAUAAAAUAUACACAAAUAAUUUACACAACGCAGAAGAUUCUUCUGUACAUAUCAUAAGAAAUACAAACGAAAAGGAUAAUACGAUAAAAGAACACACAACGAAUAUUACUAAUCUCCCAAAUAAUAUACAUAACAAUUAUAAUUUAAAUAAUCAUAAUAUUAAUAAAGAUGAUACAAACCAUUUUCACCAAAAUAAUUAUCCAUAUCAUAAUAAUGCAUUACAUAAUUUUAAUCAAAUAAACCAAGAAGAAUACGAAGAAAAUAAGAAACAUUGUAAAUUAAUAAAUAAAAAUGAUAAUAAAAAUACACUUUCUCUACGUUAUGAAAAAAAAAAUGAACAUGAUAAUUUUAUAAAUAAUAAUAAAAAUAGUAUCAUUCUUCAUAAAAAUAAUUUAGUAAAUAAAAGCUUAUAUGCAAAUAUUAUUUUAAAUAAUAAAUUUCAUAGUUUAGAUGUCGAAGAAAAUUUCCUUCUAAGAGAUCUUAUAUAUCCAUUGCAAGGCAUAGACGGAGAAUUCAUCAAAUAUAAUAAACGUGAAAAAAUAUUUUGUGUACAUAACAGAAAAGUUAGCUUAGGAAUGCAACAUUUAAUAAACAAUAUUGGUAGCGUAGGCUUGCUAUUCAAAAAAAUUAAAACUUUUAUAAGCUAUUCAAAUGUUGAUCACAGACGAAAAAUAAGCGUGUACGAUGAUAGUGAUAAUAACUCUAGCGAUCUUGACGAUUUUGAUCAUUAUGAUAAACAUUAUUACUAUAAUCAUAUAGGAAAUCAUCCAAAUGGUCAUAGUAAUGAAUAUACAAACAAUACAUCAAAUAAUCUUCAACAACUCAAAUUUAAAUUACACAAAGAAAAUUAUAUUCCACACAAUACAGAUAAUGAAAAAAUAGAAAACAGAACUAUUGGUGAUAUAUACAAACGAGGAAAUGCUAAUGGCAUUCACAUGAACACGCAAGGUAAUGUAGAUGACAUUCACAUGAACACGCAAGGUAAUGUAGAUGACAUUCACAUGAACACGAAAAGUAAUGUAGAUCAUAUUCACAUGAACACGCAAAGUAAUGUAGAUCAUAUUCACAUGAACACGCAAGGUAAUAUAGAUGACAUUCACAUGAACACGCAAGGUAAUAUAGAUAACAUUCACAUGAACGCACAAGGUAAUAUAGAUGACAAUCACAUGAACAGUCAUGUAAAAAAUGGAAAACUGCUAAAUUGUGAAAAUAAAAAAGGUAAUGGUUCAAAACUUCGAAUAAAAAAAUAUCGGAAAGGAGCAUAUAUGGUAUCUAAAAAGGGUAGUUUAGUAAUAGAUGCUUUAUAUCAGGUAAUACGUGAAUAUAUGAAUGAGUAUUACAAAUUAUUAUCGUAUAUAGAGAGUGAUAUUAAUGAGCAUAUACAUAAAAACACGGUAUAUAUAGGGAUAAAGAAGUUAUAUUUAUUGUUACAAGAAUCUUAUAAGAUAUUAAGAGUGUUGGUAGGUGUGAUAGAUGAGUCGUUGCGCAAUACAGGUUGUACCUUUUUAUCAUAUUUAUAUUCGAAAUCGCAAACAUAUGAUUAUGAGGAGCAGAAAAUAUAUAAGAAAAUUUUGCAAAGAUGUAUAAAGCCAAUAAAUGAAAUAUUAAAGCAUUGGAUUGAGUAUGGGGUAUUGAAAGAUAAGUAUAAUGAGACUUUUAUAGCAUCAAAUAAGAUAGUGAAUUCAGAAGAAAUAUGGUUGAAUAAAUUUUAUUUGAAUGUAAAUAAAAUACCUUUGUUUCUUAGUUUUAGUAUAGCAAAAAAAAUUUUGAUGACAGGCAAAAGUGUGUAUUUGCUUAAUACUUUUAUAAAUAACAAUGUGAUGAAUAAUUAUAUGAAAGGUGCAUAUGUGUAUAAUAAUAGUAGAGAUAAUUACAUAUCGUCCAUGUUAAAUAGAAAAUCGUUAAAUUAUAACAAACAUAUUUUAUUAAAAGGUCAUAAAAAAGGAGAUAAAGAUGAAGAUGAAUGUGAAGAUGAAAGUGAAGAUGAAAAAAAAAAAAUUGAUUAUAUUAAGAAGAAAGGUAAUAAAAAUGAUGAAAUGUAUGAAGAUCCUCAAAGAGGGGUAAAAAAAAAAAAAAAAAAAAAAAAAAAACUGGAUGGUAAUAAUAAUAAUAAUAAUAAUAAUAAUAAUUAUUAUUAUGAUUAUUAUAAAAACGAUUCAUUAUAUUAUUCACACUAUACGAAUAAGAAGAAAUAUUCAGAAUAUAAGGAUGACUAUAUAGAAGAUGAAGAUUAUGAUGAAAAAAAUAUGAUCGAUGUAUUUUCUAUUAAUGAUAUUAGUAUGUAUAUAGAAAAUAUAGAUGAUUAUAUUAAUAAAAUAUCUCAAAGGAAAAAUAAGAAUUUAAUAAAUGUAUUAUUAAAUAAUUAUAAUUUAUAUGAAAAUUUCCAAGCAUUUCGUCAUUUCCUUUUAUUAGUUGAUGGAGAUUUAUUUGAAACAUUAUUUGAUAAUAUGAAAAAUGAUUUAUAUAUGAAUGCCGAAGAAUUAAAAAGACAUUAUCUUAAUAGUAAAUUAGAUUUAUGUAUAAAAUCAUCAUCAUUAUUUACUGAGAAUUCAAAUAUAAUAAAUAAAUUGACACUUGAUAAAUUUAAUAUGAAAAGAGGAGAUACAGGUUGGGAUGUAUUAGUUUUUGAUUAUUUAGUUGAGAAACCAUUAGAUAUAAUAUUUACUAAGAAAAUAAAAAAUAUAUAUAAAAGUAUAAAUAUUUUAUUAAUAAAAUUAAAAAAGAUACAAUGUGAAUUAUCAAAUAUGUGGUAUUUAUUUACACAUUUAUUUAAAAUAAUAAAUAUAAUUUAUUAUAAUUCUUUGUUUAAUUUUUGUAAUAUUAUAAGAAAUGAAAUGUUCCAUUUUAUUCAAAAUAUUUUAUCUUAUUUUUAUUAUGAUGUUAUCGAUACGAAUUGGCAUGCAUUCAAAAAAAAAAUUUUCUUAUGUAAUAACUUAGAUCAAUUAAUAAAAGCACAUUAUAAUUAUAUCACACAAAUACAAUAUGAUUUAUUCUUAGGAAAUUAUCAUGAUCUUAUAUUAUCAGCACGAAGAAAAUAUGACCCUAACAAUCAUAAUAAUCAUAAUUCUUAUCAUGUUCUUAUGAAUACAGAUGAAGAAGCUAACUAUUUAUAUAAUGAUUAUUCUUCUUCUUAUACAAAUACACCUGAACAUGAAUAUUUGGAUAUGGAUGAAUAUUAUCUAAAUAAUCAUAAUUUAAAUAUAUACAAAAAUCCAAACCAACAACAAAAACCGACACAUCAACGACAAUAUCAAGAUCACGAUCGAGAUGAAGAAGGAAGAGGAAAAAAUGAAUACAAGAGAAAUAUAAAAAAUAAAUAUAAAAAUGAUAAUGAAGAAUAUAUACAUCCAAAUGUAGAAAAUGAAUCACAUAAGUGUUUAAAUAAAAUAUUAGAUAUUAUAACAAGAUUUAUUAAUAUUACAACUUCAUUAGUUUCUUUAAUAUGUGAACAUUAUAAUGAAAUUAAAAAACUCAUACAAGAAAGAAAAGAUAUAGAUAUGGAAGAAAAAACACAUGAAAAAAACAAUCAACAUUAUAUUAGUGAUGAUUCCUAUCAAAAUCAUGAUAACUAUAUUGAUUACAUUAAUUAUUAUGUUAAUUAUAAAAUUAUAGGAGAAGCAACAAUUAAAGAUAUUAAAAUGUUAUUAAAAUAUUAUAGAAAUUAUAUUUAUAAAUUUAUUUGUUUAUUAUUAGGUGAAAAUAAAUUCUUAUACAUGUAUUCUAAAAAUACAAACAGAGAUAAACUAUCCUCUCUAAGAUUAUUAGCAUCAAGAUUAGAUUUUAAUUUGUAUUAUGUAAGGUUAUCUAAAGGAUCAGAUAGAAAAACACAUCCUACAAAGCUUAAUAUAUCUAAGCGUAUUAACAUGAUGAACACAUGA